CAAUUAUCUGAUAAGAUUUAAAGGACUUCAAAAAAAUUAAAAAAAUAUGAAUUUUCCAAUUAAACUUCUUUUUCCGACAGCAAAAGAGAGUUAUGUUAGCCAAAGCGAUGCAAACUUUUCUUCUCCUCUUUAUAUUAGGGUUCCAUAUGUUUCUAUGCUUAUAUCUAUUGUACUUGGAAGAGAACGGCUAAGAUGGACACCUGAAGGAUUGAACUUAAAUAAAAAAAAGGAAAAGUCGGUGCUUAUUUUAUGUGGAUAUACAAAAGAAACUUUUUUAAAAGAAAUUCUACAUGUUCAAGAUAUACGAUAUUUUUCUGAUGAUAAUUCUGAAACAUCUAUUUGGUCAGAUGAUUUUUUUUGGGCAAUGGAUGCAACAGGUGCAUGGAUAUCUGCAUCAGAGUAUAUCGAUUUAAUUUAUGUUCCAUCACUUCGAGGUCUUCGUGCUAUUUUAUCAGUAUAUCAUUAUUCUUCGUUAAAUAGGCUUGCUAUAUGGCCAUUUCUAAAGAUUCAUGAAGCAUCAGGAGAAUUUUCAGCACAAGGUCUUUCUAGAACAAUAGCAUUGGCUAUUGACGUUUGUAGAAAUGAAAAUAUAAUUUUAUGCGAUUCUAUUUCUAUAAAAUCGCCGAUUCAACUUCUUACUAGCAGUACAAAAGUAUCUGGGAUCUCUGUUUGUUCAGCAAUUAGGCAAAUUACUGUUGAAACUGUUAUGGAGAGAUGGAUUAGUGCUUUCUGGGAAAUUGUUAGUCUAAAUGAACAAGGAAUUGGUCAUGGCAUUUGGAAAUAUCGUGGAGAGUAUUGGAAAGUAUGUUGGAAAGAUUCAGGAAAUGGAAAAAUUAGUGAUAUUGAAUGUACACAACUUGAUUAAUUAAAAGACAUAGCAAAAAAUAAGAAUGUUGUAUAACCGAUA